AUGAAUCGGAAUAAUGCUUAUUCUGCACGCGGAAAUCACCCGCCAAGAAUGCAGCCUCCGCAUGUAGGAGGAAAACAGCAGAAUUAUACUGCACAGGGAAAUUACCCGCAAGGAAUGCGGCGGCCUCCGCCGGUAGGAGCACCACCGCAGAAUUAUCCUAUGUCUGCACCAGUAGACCCAGAGGUGGCUGCGAUUUCUUGUAUUGCAGUGCUUACGGCUUUGUGUUGUUGCUGCUUGGCGGAUAACUGUUGCUGA